AUUGACAGUAAUUAUCAUUCCAACAGUCGACAACGCAAAGUUAGCAGUCACACUGAUAGAUUCACUAUGUUUUUGAGGUGUUUAUUUAUAAGUUUGUUUGCUAUUAGUUUUGCUUAUAGUUCCGAUAUUGGGUCAGGGAAUAAGAUCCCUGAUUUAUACGCACACCAUAAUCGUAACUAUGAAAUUAACAAAAGUGACAAGGUUGAUGUCAGAUUAUACUACGAGUGUUUGUGUCCAUUUUGUAUAGAGUUUUACACACACACUUUAAUCAAAACAGUAGAGAAACUUGGGGCAUACAUCGAUCUUAAAACAUAUCCGUAUGGGAACGCCAAGAGGACAAAAGAAAAUGGAAAGACCGUUUUCGAGUGCCAGCACGGCGAGGAGGAGUGCUACGGUAACAAGCUGCACGCAUGCGCUAUAGACAUACUCAAGAAUACUACUCGGUCCGUGUCUUACAUCUCCUGUAUGAUGUCAGGACAAUGGCAAAAUUCUGGUUCAAAUGAUAAUGGCGCUACUAGAUGCGGUAAAGAAAUGGGAAUCAAUGCAAAGAAGAUCAUCAAAUGUGCUAAAGGUAAAAAAGGCGAGGAACUACUAGAAUAUUACGGGAAAGAAACCGAUAGAGAUGUUCCGAACAAGGAAGGUGUGCCAUGGUCGCUAAUAAAUGGCAAAUAUGUCAACGGAGGUGAACUUGACAAAUGGCUUGCAACAAUCUGUGCCGCUUUAGAGCACCCACCGCCACAGUGUAAAAAAUUGUAAACUAUGGUUA